UGGCAGUCAGCCCGGUUCCUGGUUGUGGGACCCAGGGGAGCUCGUCCUGCCCAGUGUCUUGAACCAGACCACUAGGGAGAAUCCGCUUCAAGAAGUUAAACUCAUUUAACCCGGAGCCUCCCGUCAGACACACCUCGUACUGGUAGCUCUGGGACAGGGUCCCCGUGCCGCUGACGUCCACCAGGUGGCCUGGAAAGUGGCCCUCGGGCACCGAGCAGCGACUCACCGAGGCCGCCACGCCCCUCCUGCACAGCCGCACCGCGACGAACACCAGUACCGAGAAGAGGAAGAGCGACGACACCGACGCCAAGGCGACCACCAGAUAGACGAGUGAACUAAGAAGAAGAACUAUCCUAAGUCUUCUGAAUUAAAACUGAGACUCAAUCUACAUUGAACUUCCUCAGAAAGGAAUCAUGAACAUUGAAGCAUAUUUUGAAAGAAUUGGUUAUAAGCACUAUAGGAACAAGUUGGACUUGGAAACAUUAACUGACAUUCUUCAGCACCAGAUCCGAGCCAUUCCCUUUGAGAACCUUAACAUCCAUUGUGGGGAAGCCAUGGAAUUGGGCUUAGAGGCCACUUUUGAUCAAAUUGUGAGGAGGAACCGAGGUGGGUGGUGUCUCCAAGUCAAUCAUCUUCUGUACUGGGCUCUGACCACAAUUGGUUUUGAGACCACUAUAUUGGGAGGGGAUGUAUACAACACUCCAGCAAACAAAUAUAGCAAUGCCAUGAUUCACCUCCUGCUGAAGGUGACCAUUGAUGGCAGGAACUACAUAGCUGAUGCUGGAUUUGGACGCUCUUACCAGAUGUGGCAGCCUCUAGAGUUAAUUUCUGGGAAGGAUCAGCCCCAGGUGCCUUGCACCUUCUGCUUGACAGAAGAGAGAGGAAUCUGGUACCUAGACCAAAUCAGAAGAGAGCAGUAUAUCCCAAACCAAGAAUUUCUUAAUUCUGAGCUCCUGGAAAAGAAUAAAUAUCGGAAAAUCUACUCUUUUACUCUUGAACCUCGAACAAUUGAUGACUUUGAGUCUGUGAAUAUAUACCUUCAGGAAUCUCCAGCAUCUGUCUUUACAAGCAAGUCAUUUUGUUCCUUGCAGACCCCAGAAGGUGUUCACUGUUUAGUGGGCUUCACCCUCACCUACAGGAGAUUCAAUUAUAAGGACAAUACAGAUUUGGUAGAGUUUAACACACUGAAUGAAGAAGAAGUAAAAGAAAAUCUAAAAAAUAUAUUUAAUAUUUCCUUGGAGAAAAAGCUUGUCCCCAAACAUGGUGAUAAAUUUUUUACCAUAUAG